AAUAUGUAGAUUUAUUGAAAGAAGCAAGAAAAGGAAUAACAGAGAAUUUUGCGUCUCAUGAUCCAGGAAAAAUAUUUGAAAUGUUUUCUCAGUCUAUCAACAAAUAUUUUAAAAAUUCCUCAGAAGCAUCGUUGGAGCCUGAACAGUUCCCAAAGAUAAUAGAAGAUAUUCAAGGCUGCACCAAAUACUUAGCAAUUUAG